AUGGUGCGAAUCCGGGAAUUACCACGGACUGCUGCGUUCGCGUGGAGUCCUGAUGCUUCUGCACCAUGGAUUGCAACUGGGACAAAAUCGGGAGCUGUCGAUGUCGACUUCAGCAAUGAGACCUGUCUGGAACUUUGGGAUCUUGCUCUGGACACUCCUCAACAAAGCCAGGAAUUGCAACCUGCAGUUGCACUUCGCACCGAAACUGGCUUCCACGAUCUCGCAUGGACUCCUGCACAAGAAGGACAUGAACGGGGCAUCAUAGCGGGUGCGUUCGAUAACGGAUCCCUAGGCAUUUGGGAUGCAGACAAAGUUGCAACAAGUGCACCUGAUGCGUCCCUUUUCGACCACAAGAUACACAGUGGUGCAAUCAAGACACUACAAUUCAACCCUAAAAUUGAGAACUUCCUCGCAACAGGUGGAUCCAAAGGAGAAUUGUACAUUUCAGAUUUGAACCAUUUGGACACGCCCAUCCGGCUGGGCAGCACCGCAGCUCGAGCAGACGACAUCGAUUGUCUGGACUGGAACAAGAAGGUUUCCAAUAUCCUUGUGACAGGAAGUAGCGGAGGCUUCGUGACAGUAUGGGACAUGAAGACGAGGAAAGAGAGCCUGACGCUCAACAACUAUCAAAGAAAACCUGCCAGCGCAGUAGCUUGGGAUCCAGAAAAACCUACACGGCUGAUCACUGCUGUGCCCUUGGAUCAGGAGCCAGUCAUCCUGGUCUGGGAUCUCCGGAAUUCGAAUGCGCCUGAGAAGAUACUUCGCGGACACGACUCUGGAGUCUUGUCCCUCUCGUGGUGUCCCCAGGAUAACAACCUCUUAUUGUCGUGUGGCAAGGACAACAGGACAAUCCUAUGGAACCCGCAGACUGGUCAAGCUUAUGGCGACUACCCAGUUGUCACCAACUGGACUUUCCAGACUCGUUGGAACCCGCAAAAUCCUAAUUUGUUUGCUACAGCGUCCUUUGAUGGCAAGUUGCAGGUUCAGUCACUGCAAAAUACAAAUCCUAGUAGUACCCAGACCGAUCAAAAUCAAGUUACUGAUGGUGAAGAUUUCUUCUCCAAGGCCCAGACGCAACCGCAGACAUCAUCUUUCUCCCUACCAAAUGCUCCGAAAUGGCUAGAACGACCUUGCUCUGUAUCCUUCGGCUUCGGUGGUCGAAUUGUGUCUGUCAGGCAAGCAGAUCCUGGCAAAUCAAGAACAUCUAAAGUCACUAUCAGCAAGUUUGAGGUGGAUUCAAGUGUUGGAAGCGCCACUGAAACUUUCGAGAAAGCUAUUCAAUCUGGAGAUCUCACGGCCCUGUGCGAGGAGCGAGUUGCAGCAGCGAAGUCUGAAGAUGAGAAGGCGGACUGGAGAGUCAUCGAAACCCUCGUUUCCAAGAACCCCCGAGAAGAACUUGUCAAAUACCUGGGUUUUAAUGACAAGUUAGAAGAUGUGGUAAACGGUGUCGAGGAACCAAAAGCUACCGAGGAGCAGAAACCAUCCGUCAAUGGCUCAUCUAGAUCUCACAAGAGAUUUCAGUCUAUCUUUGCCAGUUCGGCCGAUGGCGAUUUCCUCGCCGAACUUGCCGCUACCAAAGGCACGAAGACCAAUAAUCCAUUCCAGAUCUAUACAGGGUCCGAAUCGGAAGCUGAUAAGAAGAUCACACGAGCACUCAUUCUAGGUCAAUUUGAAAAGGCACUUGACAUUAGUCUACAAGAAGAUAGGAUCGCCGACUCAUUCAUGAUUGCAAUCUGCGGAGGGCAAGCGUGCAUCAAGAAGGCUCAAGAAGCCUAUCUGGCAAAGCAAGGCGAUGGUCCAAACUAUCUUCGUUUAUUGGCAUCGGUAGUGGGGAAGAAUCUCUGGGAUACAGUUCACAAUGCCGAUCUGUCAAAUUGGAAAGAAGUCAUGGCCACCAUUUGCACUUUUGCGGACGAGAGGGAAUUCCCCGACCUCUGCGAGGCUCUAGGUGAUCGAAUUGAGGAACAAGCCGACGAUUUAUCUGCAGUGGGUCGAAAAGAUGCCUCGUUCUGUUAUCUGGCAGGCUCGAAAUUGGAAAAAGUGGUUGCCAUCUGGAUCGGGGAGCUCAAGGAGCACGAGGAAGCAGGUGCAAGGGAUGGAGACGCCUCGUCAGCCUUCUCCCUGCAUGCUCGAGGCCUGCAAGACUUGAUCGAGAAGGUUACCAUUUUCAGGAAAGUGGUCAAUUUCAAUGACCCUGAUCUAUCCAACCCUGGUGACUGGAAAUUGGAAGACUUGUACAGCAAAUAUCUGGAAUAUGCUGACAUUGUCGCCGGUUCGGGUCAACUAGAAGCCGCACAACGAUACCUCGAUCUUCUACCAGAAAGCUAUCCAGGCUCGGAUGUUGCGCGAAGCCGGAUUCAACAGUCCAAGAAGAAGGUUGUGGUACCAGCUUCUGUACCUCAGGCUAACACUACACCAUCUAGAACGAAGCCGCUUCCACAUGCCACCUCCUAUCAGGCUACUGCCUCAUACGGUGCUCCCGCACCCUCGGCGCCAGGUCCAUCGUACGGUGGCCUCCCUCAACAGCAACCUGCAAGUUCCUAUGCACCGCCAACUGCGAAUAAUGCACCUGUCAAUCCAUAUGCCCCGGCUGGUGGAUAUCAACCUCCGCAACAGAUGAGGGUGGCUCCAGGCCCUCCCCCACAGUCUUAUGGCUUUCCACAAGCGAAUCCAAUUGCCCCUCCGCCACGGUACAAUCAAUCACCAGCAAUUGCCCCCCCAUCUCAAGAUAGAAAUAUGACAAACUGGAACGACAUUCCCGAAGGCUUUGUCAAGCCUCCAACUUCGAGAAGGAGCACACCCAGCGUUCCCAAUACAGCAAACCAAAUUCCCCAGCCGACGCCACCGCCUUCGUCGAGCACUCCUUUUGGUAGCCGGCAGAGAGCCUCACCUGUUCCUCCGCCCCCGAAGGGCACCGCUCCUCCUCCAAGAGUGACAUCUCCUCUUGCUGGUGGGCCUCCACAAAUGACUGAACGACCUCCCUCUGCAAAUAACCCGUAUGCUCCAUCUCAUGGUGUGACUUCGCCCCCUUUAGGUCAAACAAUGAUACCACCCCCUAUCCCCCGGGGCCCUUCACCUUUCACAGCUCCCCCUUCACAUGGCCCGACUGCCCCAAAUCGGUAUGCUCCCGCGGGAGGGACACAGCCAUCAACAGCACCACCCACCCGGCCAAACAUUGCCCCACCUCCGCAGCAAACCUCUUUCCAAGGCCCUCCUCCAGCGUCGAACCCCUAUGCGCCUUCACAAUCACCUCAACAAUCAAGACCUAAUCCAUAUGGACCUCCACCGACCUCACAAGCACCUCAACAAAGUAGUGCACCACCAUUGCCAACCCCUUCCCAGCAAUUCACCUCAGGACCUCUACCCACUAGUGGACCGCCACAGCCCAUGCCCGCAAGGUCUGACACGUCAGGUUCUGGCAAGGCGUCUGCCCCUCCAGCAGUCCGGAAGCAUCCCAAAGGAGACCGUACACAUCUCCCACCUACUGCAAAAUCCAUAUUUCAAAUCCUCUCUGCGGAAAUGGCACGCGUUAAAGCGAGAGCGCCCGCUUCAUUCAGAGCCCAGGUGCUCGAUACUGAGAAACGCCUCGACAUCCUCUUCGAUCAUUUGAACAAUGAGGAACUCCUGAAUCCCGACACGGUCCAACAGAUCGGGGAGCUGUCCACCGCUCUUCAAAGCCGCGAUUUCCAACGUGCCAGCGAGAUCCAAAUAGAUGUCCACACCAAUAAGGUAGAGGAAUGUGGCAACUGGAUGGUCGGCGUCAAGAGAUUGAUUGGUAUGUCGAAGGCCACCCCUUGA